AAAUGGCUGUCGAAUGUGUGAUAAAGAAUGCAACAAAAACAGUUGGAGAAGGUCCCUAUUGGGAUGACAUGACAAAUACACUUCUCUAUGUGGACAUACAAGAAAAUUCCAUCCAUAGAUUUAAUCCAGAGACGAGCGUUGACGAUAAAAUAGAACUAGAGGACACUGUAGGGUUUGUUGUUCCUGCCAGAAAAGGUGGACUGAUAGCAGGUGUGGGUCGUUGUCUUGUACAUGUAGACUGGGACACAAAGAAGGUGACCAAACUUCAUGAGGUGGAGAAGGGUCUAAAGACACGCUUUAAUGAUGGAAAAUGUGAUCCGAAAGGAAGAGUCUGGGCAGGAACGAUGGGUCCAAUCGAUCCUGAUGUCGUGAAUAUGCCAAAAAUUGGUAGUUUGUACUGUCUUGACUUGGAUGGCAGUCUGCAUACAAUGGUGAAAGACGUCGGCAUUUCUAACGGUCUUGCCUGGACCAAAGACGAAAAAACAAUGUACUACAUCGACUCGACACCAAGAAAAAUAUACCGCUAUGAUUAUGACGUAACUACAGGACAGAUUUCUAAUCAGAAAGUGAUUGUAGACAACGCUGGAAAACCAUUAAACGAAUUCGGUUUUCCUGACGGCAUGACCAUUGAUACAGAGAAUAAACUAUGGGUAGCAUGCUUCUUUGCCAGUAAAGUUGCUCGAUAUGACCCACAAACAGGUCAACAAUUGCAGUCUGUAAAUAUCCCUGCUGCAAGAAUAACGUCAUGUUGUUUUGGCGGGAAAAAUUUGGAUGAACUUUACGUCACGUGUUCCGCUCACGAGGUCUCUGAGGAAGAGUUUCAGAAAUAUCCAUUGACUGGUUCUGUGUUCCGAGUUAAGGGCCUUGGCAUUAAAGGUUUUAAAGCACAAAUAUAUGAAGGAGAAAUCAAAGAGGGUUAGAAAAUUAAAUACUAGAAAUACAAUAAAAUUGUAUGAAGUAGAAAUAUGCAUGUAUGUAUUCAU